UAUGUAUUUAAAUAUGUAUUUGUAUUUGUAUAUGUGCAUAUAAAAUGCACUCAUAAGCUUAUUAUACUUUAUUUACCAGCUUCGCAUAAUUGUAAUACUUAUAAGCAUAUUCUUGAUACAUUAAACGGUCAGUCCACUCAUAAACCUCAAACCGUCGUGUUCUUUAUUCUCUCUCUACAUGGUAGCAGAGCAAGGUUACUGCUGUAGUGUCGGGUGUCGGAAUUAAAUAAAUAAAAUAAAAAUCAAAAGUGCAAAAUCUGCUGUAAUAAUAAAAAUAAAAUAACGCUUCAAUUAAAAUGGAAAAGGGUUUUGAAGUAGAGAAACUCAAAGGCCAGGAAAAUUUCCACAACUGGUGUUUCGCAAUAAAAAAUAUAUUAGCAUUCAAAGGUCUGCAUAAGUGUAUAACCGAUCCUGUCACAGAAACAAACGCUGAGAAAUUAACUAAUUGCAAAGCCCUGUUAGCUCUAAGCGUAGCGCCAUCGCUGUACGUUCACAUAUCCAGAUGUGAAACAGCGCUAGAAAUAUGGCAGAAACUAAAAAAUCUGUAUGAGGACAAAGGCUUAACAAGAAAAAUUGGGUUAUUAAGAGGCCUGAUCUCUUGCAGAUUAGAAGACUGCGAGAACAUGCAAUCAUACAUUGAUAGAAUUAAAGAUAAUUCUAAUAAAUUAAAUGAAAUUGGUUUUGAGAUAAAUGAGGAUUGGCUGACGGCGAUAGUAUUGGCUGGUUUAACUGAUGCAUAUAAACCAUUUAUAAUGGGAAUUGAAGCAUCAGACUCACAAAUAAAAUCAGAAACAAUAAUCGCUAAACUGUUGGACUCUGAUACCAACACAACCACAAAAAGUGAUGCAUUUCUUAGUAAAAAAAGGUACGAAAAUAAGCAAAAAUACUUACAAAAGAAAAAAUGCACAACUUGUGGAAAGAAACAUGCAGGGGAAUGUCACUACAAGAAAAAUAAUGCACAAAAUGGCACAGCAAAAAAUGCAUUCACAGCGUUAUUAACGAAAAGAAAUAACGACGACUGGUAUCUAGACAGUGGUGCAUCGUCUCAUAUGACACCAAACGAUAAUUUGCUCACUAGCAAAAAAAAUUCACUCGUUGACAAAAUAAUGUCAGCAAAUGGAACAGCUAUGACAGUAAGUUGCGUUGGCAAAACAUCACUGAAUAUCAACGGGCAAGAAAUUGUAGUUAACGAAAUUCUACACGUGCCCGAUUUAUCAGUAAACCUUCUGUCAGCUGCAAAAAUAGUGAGUCAGGGGAAUGUAAUAAAAUUCGAUGCAACAGGCUGUACAAUACUUAACAAAAACAAAGAAGUAAUUGUACAGUGCAAAGCGGAAAAUGGUGUUUACAAACUGAAGGGAAUCCAAGCAAAAUGCUUGUUAUCAAAACAAACAAAUAACAACGCAAUGCUAUGGCACAGGCGACUUGGACACAUAAAUUUUCAAAGUUUAAAGAAAAUGCGUGACGGCGCUGUUUCUGGUAUUGAUUUCAAUGACGACGAUCAUGAAAUAAAAAAUUGUCAGAUAUGUCCCAAAGGCAAACAAACAAGAAUUCCGUUUAAACAAAGUAACUCAAAAACAACAAAGCUACUCGAACUAAUACAUUCUGAUCUAUGUGGACCUAUGGAAACGCAAUCUAUAGGACACGCCAAAUAUGUAUUAACAUUCAUAGAUGAUUUCUCCCGAAAAUUAUUCGUUUACUUUCUCAAGUCAAAAUCAGAAGUUUUCAAUAACUUUAAAAAUUUCAAAACAUACAUUGAACGCCAAACUGGAUCUAAAAUCAAAACAAUACGGACGGACAAUGGUGGUGAAUAUUGUUCAACUGAAUUCGACAAAUACUGUAAAGAGAAUGGUAUCAAGCAUCAAUUAAGUAAUGCAUAUACUCCUCAGCAGAAUGGAAUUGCCGAAAGAAUGAACCGAAGCUUAAUUGAAAAAGCUAAAUGUCUCCUGUUUGAUGCAAAUCUUCAAAAAUGUUAUUGGGCAGAAGCAACAAAUAUGGCAGCCUACUUAAUCAACAAAAGUAUUUGUUCGUCGCAUGGAAAAAUUCCUGAUGAAAUAUUCUAUAAAAAAAAAAUAGACAUAUCUAACCUGAAAUUGUUUGGUUGUGAAGCAAUGGUUCACAUAAACAAAGAAAAACGUAAAAAAUGGGAUCCUAAAUCCAAGAAAAUGUUUUUCGUGGGCUAUGAUGACGACAUCAAAGGUUUUCGCUGUAUUGAUCCAAUAACAAAGAAACUGGUUAUAAGUCGAGAUGUAAUAUUCUACGAAAAACCUCAACCAAAGUCGACCUUAAAAAUCUAUAACGACGAAGUGAGGGAAAUAAAGAGAAGCGAUGAAGACACAUUUGAAGAAGUUAGCAUAAAACCUGAUGAAUCGAACGAAGACGUACAAAGUGUUGCGGAAGAUGACACCAUGAUAGAAUCACCGAAUCAAACCCAAAAUGAUCCAGAUUAUGUUCCUGAACAAAGUAUUGAUGAAUCUGAAGAAGAAAGAAGAGUCACACGAUCUAAAGCUAAGGUAUCUGUACCAUCUUUUCAAUUUAAUGCUUUUGCAUUUCUUUCACAGCCAUUAACAGUAUCAGAAGCUAUAAACGGUGAAAAAGCGAAAGAAUGGGAAGAUGCAAUGAAUGAAGAAAUGGAAUCACAUAGAUCAAAUAACACCUGGUCGUUGAUGAAACUACCAGAUGGAAGAAAGCCUAUAAAAGCAAAAUGGGUCUUUAAAGUAAAACAAGAUGAGGUCGGUAAAGCUGUAAAAUAUAAAGCACGACUUGUUGCAAAAGGCUGUGCACAAAAAUACGGCAUCGAUUAUGAUGAAACAUUCUCGCCGGUGGUUAGAUACACAUCAAUAAGGUUUUUAGUGGCUUUAGCAGUAAAAAACGGCUAUAAAAUCCAUCAAAUGGAUGUAGUGACUGCGUUUCUUCAAGGUGAUCUUAAAGAAACAAUAUACAUGGAACAACCAGAAGGUUACAAUGAUGGCACUAACAAGGUAUGUAAGCUAAACAAAGCUGUUUACGGACUGAAACAAGCCGGAAGACAGUGGAACUUAAAGCUCGAUUCAGCAUUAAAAGAAUUCGGGUUACAAAGGUGUAAAACUGAUCCAUGCAUUUACUAUGAUAAAGAAUUGAAUCUGAUAAUUGCAAUAUACGUCGAUGAUUUCCUUAUACUCUACAAAGGUAGUAAUAACCUUAACAAAAAAUUCAAAAUGAAAGAUUUGGGAUCUGCUCAAAGUUGUCUUGGAAUACGUAUCACGCAGAGCAAAAAUUGCGACGAAAUUACACUAGAUCAAUCGUCAUAUAUAAAUGAAAUUCUUGAACGUUUUGGUAUGCAGGAUUGUAAGCCAGUGGGCACACCAUGUGAAGUAAGUCAAAAAUUGACUGAAAAAUGCAUCACUGAGAAAAAUGAUCUGACGGGGAAAAUACCAUACCAAGAAGCUGUGGGCAGCCUUUUAUAUUUAACACAAGGAACUAGACCGGAUAUAGCAUUUGCAGUAAAUAAUCUAACCGCACCACCUCCCACACUCGCUACCCCUGCUAAUACUACUCCCUUAUCGAUGGACCAGUUGACGGAGGUCAUAUCUGGCAUCGUAAUCAAUAUGUUCCAACAACAAGGGCGAAACAUGGUUCAAGCCGCCCUCAACCCCAACGCGAGUUUUUCCGAUGUUAGGGAUAUAACUAUAGACACAGCUUCUCCCAACAUCUCGGAAUUAGACAAGAUACCCGAUGUGGUUGAACACAACUCCUCCCUACAGGCCUCCCCAACCGAAUUAUCAAUAUCAAUUUCCCCAAACAAAUUACCAAUUCCAACAUCCCCAACCAACCUACCAAUACCAACAUCCUUACCAACAAAAUCAGUACAUCCACGUCCUAAUAACCCACCACCUCGUCCAGCCCAAAAACCUCAACCACGACCAGAACCAAUGGAUAUCGAUCCAUCCCUACGAACAAGAAACCUUAAUUACAUGAACAGGCCACGUCCCAAUGAUCCUACUAGCAAAAGACCACCUAACACUAACCCUCCCGCACCCCCUAACAAAAUACAAAGAAACUUCCACAUUGAACAAACGACGGAACAAGACCAGUACAACCUAGACGAUUAUAAUCCCACUAACCAAGAAUCUACAUUUUUUAGAAUGAAUCACUCUUCGCUGCCAUAUAUCGAGUGCAAGCUGAAGAGUGGAAACAUCGUAAAAUUUCUUAUAGAUACAGGAUCAACAAAAAAUUACAUCCAACCAUCCAUCGUACCAAAACCCAUUAAAAACGGAGAAAUUUUUUUUGCAAAAUCUAUAGCGGGAGACAUCGAAAUUAAAGAGCACACUUUCUUAAAUCUGUUCCACAUAAAUAAAAAAUUAAAAUUUUACCUACUCCCCACCCUUCGAUCAUUUCAUGGAAUCCUCGGGAAUGAUAGCCUCAAAGAGCUAGAAGCUGUUAUUCACGUCAAAGAUAACUUUAUGGAAAUACAAGGGAAUACCAAAAUAAAACUAAAACAAUUUCAGUCAAAAUCUGUUAAUAAAAUUGAACUCAAUGACGACCAUUUGUCAACAAAUCAACGAAAUAAAGUCGAUAAUUUAGUAAAUCAUUUUCCAAAUCUAUUUUCCGAACCUAAUGAUAAACUCACAUACACUACCAAAGUCGUAGGCGAAAUCCGUACCAAUAAAGACACCCCCGUCUACACAAGAUAUUACCCCUACCCAAUGUCGCUAAAAAAUUAAGUUGAAUCCCAGAUUAAAAAAAUGUUAGACGACGGUAUUAUUCGACCAUCAAGGUCACCGUAUAAUUCACCCAUUUGGGUCGUUGCGAAAAAACCCGACUCUCAGGGUAACAAACAGUACAGAAUAGUAAUCGAUUAUCGCAAACUUAACGCGAUCACUAUAGCAGAUCGCUAUCCAAUACCGCAAAUUAACGAAGUACUGUCCCAGCUUGGGAAAAAUAAAUAUUUUUCCGUCUUGGAUUUGAAGAGCCAAAUCCCUCUCAAGGAAUCCGAUAUUGAGAAAACAGCUUUCUCAAUAAAUAAUGGCAAAUACGAGUUCACAAGACUGCCAUUCGGAUUAAAGAAUGCCCCCUCAGUAUUCCAACGGGCCCUAGAUGACAUUCUUCGCCAUCAAAUUGGCAAAAUUUGCUACGUCUAUAUCGACGAUAUAGUUGUUUUCAGUAACUCUGAAGAAGAGCACACCCUCCACCUGCAAGAAAUUUUCAAAACGCUCGAAGAUGCGAACAUGAAAAUUCAGCUGGACAAAUGCCAUUUUUUCAGGGACUCCGUAGAGUUCCUAGGAUUUAUUAUAUCCUCAAAAGGCAUAACAAAAAAUCCCGCAAAGGUAGAAGCAGUUGCACAAAUACCUUACCCACAAAAUAUAAAACAACUCCGCUCAUUCCUAGGUCUCUCAGGAUAUUACCGCCGCUUCAUAAAAGAUUAUGCCAAGUUGGCAAAACCUCUAGCCUUACUUCUAAGAGGGGAAGAAGGCCGUAUAUCUAAAAACAAGUCAGCUAAAAUAAAUAUAGAUUUGAACGACGAGGCAAAAGAUGCCUUCAACAAAAUAAAAAAAUCCCUUAUAUCUGACGAUGUUAUACUCUCAUACCCUGAUUUCAGUAAAGAGUUCCAUUUAACCACCGAUGCCUCAAAUUAUGCCAUCGGUGCAGUCCUUUCCCAAGAUCAAAAACCAAUCGCCUUCAUUUCGCGAACACUCACCAAGACCGAAGAAGCCUACGCUACGAACGAGAAAGAGUUAGAGAAGAAGAAUUUUAGAAACUAUCUGUACAGCUCAGCAAGAGUCAAAAUAUUCACGGAUCACCAGCCGCUAACGCAGGCCCUAAGCAAUAAAAACAACAAUUCCAAAAUGAAGCGCUGGAAAGCCAUCCUUGAAGAAUAUAAUCACGAGCUUCUGUAUAAACCUGGCACAACUAAUGUCGUAGCCGAUGCGCUAUCAAGGAUUCCAGGUGAACCCAUAAAUUCCCUAUCAGUAUCCCAACACAGCGAUGAAAGCUCAUCGCAUAACCUAAUCCCAUCCGUAGAAACACCAAUAAACGUAUUCAAAAACCAAAUUUUUAUAAAUAUAGCCGAAGCCUCAACAUAUCAAUAAAUAGUGUUCCCUACUUAACACAGACACAUUUUGGAAGAACCUGAUUAUACCCCCGAAACUUUAAAGAACCUUCUGAAAAGAUACCUUAAUCCUUCCGUUGUCAACUGUAUUAAAACAGAGGAAAGGAUUAUGGGAAAAAUCCAAGAAAUUUAUCCAAUACACUUUAACAACUACAAAAUCCGAUUUACACAAAUGCAAGUGCAGGAUGUCACAAACGAACAAGAACAGGAAGAAAUCAUUGUAAAAACCCACAAAAGAGCACAUCGAAACUGUCGAGAAAAUAAAACCCAAAUCCUGGAAAAUUUUCACUUUCCUUCCAUGACCAAAAAAAUAAAUAGAAUAAUCCAACAGUGCUCAAUUUGUAAAGAAAAUAAAUAUGACCGAAACCCCACCAAACCCAAAUUAGGAGAAACCCCUAUUCCACAAUUCCCAGGGCAAAUAUUGCACAUUGAUAUUUACAUAACUGAGCGAAAUAUCGUCCUUACAGCAAUAGAUAAAUUUUCAAAGUAUGCCCAAACAAAAAUCCUUAGAUCGAGAGCCAUAGAGCACGUUAAGGAACCUCUCCGUGAACUACUUUUCCAGUUCGGCGUACCCGAAUUAGUAGUAAUAGACAAUGAAACGUCCUUGAAUUCAGCUUCCAUUCGAUUUCUUUUGGAAGAUACGCUAAAUAUACAAAUUUUUAAAACACCCCCUUAUGCAAGUUCCGUGAAUGGUCAAAUAGAGCGAUUUCACUCGACCCUCACAGAAAUAAUGCGUUGUUUAAAAGCAGAGCGAAGCUUCACUUCAUUCGCCGAACUCCUCGACAACUCCGUCUAUGAGUACAAUAAUACAAUCCACUCAACUACAAAAAAGAAACCAAUAGAGGUAUUUUUUGGUAGAAGAGUUACAACCGACCCAAGCCAAUUCGAAAGGGCCAGGGCUGAAAAUAUAACCGAACUAAGAAAUAAGCAGGUGAAAGAUCUUGCUUACCACAACAAAUCCAGGCACCCCAUAAAAGCAUAUAAUCCGGGUGACACUAUCUACGUAAAAAUAAACAAACGGUUAGGAUCCAAAAUUUCAAAAAAAUUUAAAAAAGAAGUAAUAAGGGAAGACCGAAAUUCAACCGUCCUGACAGAAUCAGGAAGAAUAGUACACAAAAGCAAUAUAAAAAACCAAAAUUAAUUUUUCCUUUUCCUUAUUCACCCAGUAACAAAAAAAUAAAAUAAAAUCAAAAUUAAUUUUUCCCUUCCAGAUUCCUCCUUAUUUACCCGAUAACCGCAUCAAUAGACAUUUACGACUACUCUACUGCACAACUAGUCACGAUAAAUGACGGACUUGCCAAAAUUCAGAACGGAGCCUUUAGGCUAAUACACGUAAUCGACCUCAACAAAUACGAACAAUUCCUGACGGACAUGUACAGUUUCA